GUUCAUUUUGUUUUGUUCAGAGACAAAUAGACAGACAGACACAAAAAAGAGAGAGUAAUGGCUGGUGGAGGAUUGACAAAUGGAGGUCCAGGCAAAAGAGCUCAUCUCUAUGAGCACAAAUUCACUGCUUAUUUUGCCUUUACCUGUGUUGUUGGAGCUCUUGGUGGUUCUCUUUUUGGUUAUGAUCUUGGUGUUUCAGGUGGGGUGACUUCAAUGGAUGAUUUCUUAGAGAAAUUCUUCCCGGACGUGUACAGAAAGAAGCACGCACAUCUGAAAGAAACUGACUAUUGUAAAUAUGACAACCAAGUGCUGACACUUUUUACAUCAUCUCUUUAUUUCUCAGCACUUGUUAUGACUUUUUUUGCUUCCUACCUAACAAGAAACAAGGGGAGAAAGGCCACUAUCAUAGUAGGAGCCCUUAGCUUUCUUAUUGGAGCAAUUCUCAAUGCAGCGGCACAGAACAUUCCAACUCUAAUCAUUGGUAGAGUCUUCCUUGGUGGAGGCAUUGGCUUUGGAAAUCAAGCUGUUCCAUUGUAUCUAUCUGAAAUGGCUCCAGCUAGCAGCCGAGGAGCAGUUAACCAACUGUUUCAGUUCACAACAUGUGCUGGAAUCUUGAUUGCAAACUUAGUGAACUAUUUCACCGACAAAAUUCAUCCCCAUGGCUGGAGAAUAUCACUUGGUUUGGCAGGUAUUCCAGCAGUACUGAUGCUUUUGGGAGGUAUUUUUUGUGCGGAGACACCUAACAGCCUUGUGGAACAAGGAAGGUUGGAUGAAGCAAGAAAAGUGUUGGAGAAAGUUAGAGGUACAAAAAAUGUUGAUGCUGAAUUUGAAGAUCUAAAAGAUGCAAGUGAACUAGCACAAGCUGUGAAGAGUCCAUUUAAGGUACUUCUAAAGAGGAAGUACAGGCCACAACUGAUAAUAGGGGCGUUAGGGAUUCCAGCAUUCCAACAGUUAACAGGAAAUAACUCCAUUCUCUUCUAUGCACCUGUCAUCUUCCAGAGUUUAGGGUUUGGAUCUAAUGCAGCUCUUUUCUCAUCUUUUAUUACCAAUGGAGCUCUCCUUGUUGCUACUGUCAUUUCAAUGUUUUUGGUUGACAAGUUUGGCAGAAGAAAGUUCUUCCUAGAAGCUGGUUUUGAAAUGAUAUGCUGCAUGAUUAUUACUGCUGUGGUUUUGGCGGUAGAGUUCGGACAUGGCAAAGAACUUUCAAAAGGCAUAAGUGCAUUUCUUGUUAUAGUGAUUUUCUUGUUUGUGUUGGCAUAUGGAAGAUCUUGGGGUCCCCUAGGAUGGUUGGUUCCAAGUGAGCUCUUUCCAUUAGAGAUAAGGUCAGCUGCACAAAGUAUUGUGGUUUGUGUCAACAUGAUCUUCACUGCCCUUGUUGCACAAUUGUUUCUCUUAUCACUUUGUCACCUCAAAUAUGGAAUUUUCUUGCUUUUUGGAGGUUUGAUUGUCGUCAUGAGUGUCUUUGUAUUCUUUCUAUUACCGGAAACAAAGCAAGUUCCAAUUGAAGAGAUUUAUCUUCUCUUUGAAAACCAUUGGUUUUGGAAGAACAUUGUAAGAGAAGGAACAGAUCAAGAGCAAGGAAAACCGAACGGGAAGCCAAUAGCUCCUUAAAAUUCUCAGCGAAGUGUAGAUCGAACAAGUCUAGAUUUUACUUUUCUUUUUAAUCAAUUGUUUAUGCUUGCAUUAUAACUAUAAAUAGAUUACGAUGUUUUGUUAAAUAUUGUUGGUUUUUGGAUGAAUUUGGCUAUGUUUAAACUCCUGGAAAUAUAUCGAGUAAAAUUAUAUUAUUUGACGAAGUACA